UCGAAUUGUUUUGGUUGAGAAGAUCGAAAAACAUAUGAUUAUAUUUCGAGAUAUCUGAGAAAAAGCAUUUAUUCUUGCAACUCUUAUAUCUUCAAUUACUGAACAUGAUUGAGAAAUUCUUAUUUCUAAGCACCUGGUUAGUUUGGUAUGAGCACUUGUUUAUUUUUUAUGGCUUCUUUGUUAAACAUUCUAUUCAGUCGUUCGUUUCAUGCGACUACAUGCAGAGAAUGUCGUCUAUUUCGUUUUAUAUUAUUUCUUUUCAUUACUAUUUUAUCUAUAUUUCAGAUUAUUAAAUGGUUCAUUUACAAAAUUCUACACACAGCAUAACACAUAAAAAAACUUUUAGUCAAGUAGCAACUCAAGAUCGAUCGACUAAAAUGAUUGAUUUCAGAGAAAAGUCUAAACGAAAAGCAACAAAUAGUGAGAAUUGCUUUGCCAUGGAGAGUUAAUUUUAUACUACUUUUACUUUUUUAGAGAAUUUCGAUUUAACACAAAAAAAAGAAAUCAAAACAAACUAAUUUGCUACCAAGUAUUUUUUUUUAUUUAAUUUUGAAAAACAGUUUUUGUUCUUUUUCUUUAAUUUCGCCUUAAAUAAAGCAGCAACCUCCAUUCGUCUCGAUUUACCAUCGUCUUCUAUGACAUUUGCAAAUGGAAAUCAAGGAAUUAAACAAAGUCCACAUAAGAGUUUAUCGAGAUUCUAUUGUCUUCAUCUAAUGACAGAAGAACUUGAUAUUUUUUUUCUACCAAAAAGUAGUGUAAUAUACAAAUUUAAAAUCCAAACGUGUAUAUAGUUUAAGAGCUUAUCGACGAACAUUAUUAAAAUGAUUAGAUAUAUCUUUACUUUUUCAGCUGAAUUUACUGCUUAUCGUUCCAAUGAUAAUCAUAAUUCUGUAUUAAAACAUCAACCAAGUCAAAAUGUCCUUCGUACACAAUCCAUGAAUACAAUGAACGUUCUUGAUAAGAAUGACGAAGAAAAUGAAUCAAAUUUUGAUACUCAUCAAUAUACACAAAAUGAUGUUGAUGAAGAUGAAUUACAGAAGCAGGUAAUAUAG